AUGACCUCAACCACGACGCCUGGGGUGGCUUUUGUCAAGCAGGCCACCAAGAACGGCGUGCGGGAUCUGCCUCGCUCCCUGGAUCGGCCUCGCUCCGAGGGCCCGUCCAACAUUGACGAGGUCUGUGAAUGGCACCAGCAGCUCCGUAGGCGCAUCUUCCCAGCCGAGUCGGAAUUCGAGCACUAUGCCCAUCUCGUCAGAGGGGGCCCCGAACAAGCAGACCAUGAUUGUCCAAACUGCCCCGAGGAUGAUGAAAGCCUUCAGGUUUUGCCCGCCCGUGGCCAGCCUGCUCCGCACCCCGACGUUGCCGAGGCCCUGGAGUAUUUGACCUUUCUCCCGUUCUGCGUCAACGAGGAAGUCCCUGAGGCCACGGUCUAG